AUGGUCAUCAUCGCGCUUGCUCUCACGUGGGGGGUGCCUGCCAAGCAUGGUGACAUCCCCAACGCGUACGUCAAGGCGUACAAUGAGGCGCACUUGCUGAUCCACCUUCAUCUGCCGCUCGGCAUGAGUGUGUAUAGUGCGACGCUACGAAAAUACGGCGCGGCAAGCUCGAAAGAGCUCGUACUUGAGCUCCGGAAGAGCCUGUACAGGCUCAAGCAAGCCGGACGGCUAUGA